AUGGCCGCCGCCACUGCCGGCGCUCCGGCCCUCCCCCCUCCCCGGGCCAAACGCCACCCCCGCUUGGCCGCCAUCGCCGCCGGCCGCACGGUGCCCCCCCUGCACCUGCUCCUGGCGGCCGCAUGCUGUCCUGCCCCUACCACCACCACCGCCACCACCACCCUGCUCGGGACACUGCUCGCCCUGCUCUCGGCCGUCACCCCGGCCCCGGCCACCGCCGCGGGCCCGGACCGCUCCUCCCGGCGCCUGCCCCCGGCCCCGAGCACGACCCCCGGACCCUCCUCCUCCUCCCUUCCCCCCCGACCGGCGGCAGCAGCCCUGCUUCGCCGGCGCUUUGCCACGUUCGCCGCGCUUGCCGCCAGUGCCCCGCCCCCCGGCCGCCGGGGGGCUGGCUGUGCUCCCGGCCCGGGCGCUUCCGGCCCCGGCUGCGCGGCCGCCCUCGGCUCCGUCCCACCCGCCACCCCGGCCGCCGCCAUCCCCCUCGUCGAGAUGGACGAAGAGGAUGCCGGCCUCGACGGCGGUGGUGGCAUCCCACCUUGGCGAGGCCCGGCCCGCCGUUCGUAG